AUGAGUGCCUUACAUCUCAUCGACGACAUCCGCAGUGCAGGUCUUGUCUUCUGCAGCAGGACAAACAUGGCGACCCUGAAACUAUUUUCGGCGAGUCGGUCAGCAAAUACCUGCUUACAGAAACUAGUACGACCAGGAGCAUGUUUGUACCAGCAGAAAAGGUCCAAAUACAUGAAUAUCAGCAAAGAUCGAGGUGCUACUGAUUAUCUUGGUAUGACAGGUGACGGUGUUGCUGUUUUGUUCUUCAGGGAAGCUGUUAGAGGACUUGCCAUUAUUACGGGAAUGGUCUUUAAGGAACCUGCUACUAUCAAUUACCCAUUUGAGAAGGGACCUCUUAGUCCACGUUUCCGAGGAGAACAUGCCCUCCGUCGUUACCCAUCAGGAGAGGAGCGAUGUAUUGCAUGUAAACUGUGUGAAGCAGUAUGUCCAGCGCAGGCCAUCACUAUAGAAGCUGAGCCAAGGGCAGAUGGCAGUCGUCGGACGACGAGAUACGAUAUUGAUAUGACGAAGUGUAUUUACUGUGGCUUCUGUCAAGAGGCUUGUCCAGUGGACGCCAUUGUUGAGGGUCCCAACUUUGAAUAUUCAACAGAAACACAUGAAGAGUUACUAUACAACAAGGAAAAGUUGUUACACAAUGGAGAUAAAUGGGAGGCAGAGAUCGCUGCUAAUCUACAGGCAGACCACCUUUAUAGAUAGAAAGUGCUAAAGACACUCCUACAGUUUGUACAUAAUAUAAAUACCUGUGUAAUGGAUCAAUUACAAACACUCAGCAACUCUCUGUGUUGGUUUGAAAUGUUACAUUGAAGGAAAAAAACUUUGACUUUUUUUUUUAAACAUCAUUGUGAUCAGUUUGAGUGUUAAUAAAUUAAAGUCAACUAACAAAGGCUGAAUAAAGAUGAGACAACAAAAAAAAA